AUGAAACUAUUAGCACGAUGUAAUUUUGUGAAAAACGUCUCAUUUUUAUCCCGGUUCCAUGGACCGCACACCAGUAUCUCAAUUCAAAAAUAUCUAACAAUCCUAUCAAACAGACGACAACAACAAAUAAAACUUUCAUUUAUAUCAUGUCUGUAUUCUUCUAACGAAAAGAAACAAUUUAUAACCUUAGAAAAGAAGGCUCAUUCUAUAAAAGAUGCUUUAGAUCAUAAAAAGGUGCUCUUAAAAGAUGCAGAACAUAAAAUUAGACAAAAGAGUGAAGAAAUUGUAAGGGAUCUAAAGCAACAGAACAAAAUUACCAGCCAGAAGUUUAAGGUACAAAAAGAGUACAUUAUCAAGGAUAUAAUUGAAACAAAAGGUAAAAUAAAAGAAAGGAUUGAAGAUGUAAUAGAGAAAGAAAAUAUUUACACAAUACCAAACAUAUUAUGUAUUACUAGAAUAGCAAUGUCCCCAUAUUUGGGAUACACUAUUUUUCAAGAGCAAUAUUAUUUAGCUCUAGGUUUAUUAGCAUGUGCUGGAAUUACUGAUCUGUUGGACGGAUGGAUAGCAAGAAACUGGAAAGGCCAGUCAACAAAAAUGGGAUCUUUCUUAGAUCCUAUGGCAGACAAAGUGCUCAUAGCAACUUUGUUUGUGUCCCUCACAUAUCAAAAUCUGAUACCUCUCCCUCUUACACUACUCAUAGUUAGCAGAGAUGUUGCAUUAGUUAUAGCUGCCUUUGUCAUUAGAUACAUAAGUUUGCCACAGCCUAGAACCUUAAGCAGGUACUUUGAUGUGACUCAUGCAACUGCACAACUUGCUCCUACGACUAUUAGCAAAUUCAACACUGCUAUACAAUUAUUAUUGGUUGGCACCACUCUAGCCUCACCAGUGUUUGGUUAUGUUGAUCAUCCAGCACUACAAACGUUGUGUGCUGUGACUGCUGCAUCCACUAUUGUUUCAGCUUUGAGUUACUUAGUUAGUAAGGACACAUAUAAAGUUUUGAACAAAAAGUCCAAGUGA